AUGUCGUCUGAGAAGAUCGAACAGAUUCACGAUGAAGAGGUUAGAGGCAGUGCCGGGGUCGUGGAGACGAUUGGACGUAAAAAGAAGCCCCGUCUGGCACCGCAGACCAUCCUAGCCAUUGUCUCCCUAUGCCUUUUGUAUAACUCCUACCUCUUCACACAAUUGAUGCCCGCCGUCAUCCUCUCAAGCAUCAAUGCGGACCUUGGACCAGAUCCCAACUAUCCAUGGAUUACUAUCUGGUACGCCCUAUCCCUGUCUUUGACGCUGGCUCUGAUUGUUGUCUGCAGCUGGAAUCUCGGAGCAGCAGUCGUCGUUACCAUCGGUGGCCGUCUAUCCGACAUCUUCGGACGCCGCUGGUUUCUUAUUUCUGGUGCAGUCUUUGGUGCAAUCGGCGCAGUGGUAGGGGCCACUGGCCAGACCAUUCCCCAGAUGAUAGGCGCCGGCGUCCUGAUGGGCAUUGGAGGUGGCUUUGGCGAGAUGAUCUUCGCCAGUGUACAGGAGAUUGUGCCAAACGAACGUCGGCUGUUCAUCCUAGGAUGUGUGGAAAUAUCGAACCUCCCAGCGAUGCUCAGCCCGAUGAUCGGAUAUGCCUUCAUCACGCAUGCCAAACUGGGCUGGCGAGUCUGCUACUGGUGGAUGUUUGCUUUUGAGGCUUUCACAGCCAUUGCUCUCUUUUUCUUCUAUAAGCCGCCUUCCUUUGAAACGAAGCAUCGCGACGACGGGAAAACCAAGAGACAGCUUGUGGCUGCCCUCGAUUAUGUCGGUGUCUUGCUAUUCCUGGCUGCCUGCAUCCUCCUCCUUCUAGGUCUGAACUGGGGAGGCCGCAACUUUGCAUGGAAAAGUGCUGCUGUUAUAGUUUCCACCAUUCUCUCCGCUGUUCUCUUCGUACUCUUGGGAUGCUGGGAAACAUAUGCCAACCUGGAAUAUCCCAUUCUACCUCCCAGGCUGUUCAAAAAGUGGCGCGACUUCUCUUCGAUCAUCGCCGUGACGUUCGUUGGUGGAAUGCUCUACUACAGCAUGAACAUCCUGUGGCCCCGUCAAUCCACUCUUCUCUACGUCCCAACCGGCGACUCCACACUGCAGGGAGUAUAUGCAAACAUGGUCUCCUUUGGAACAAUCCUGGCCGGCACAAUGGUCCUCACUAUCGUACCAAGAUGUGGCCACGAGCGGUGGCAGAUGAUUGGAUUCCUUGUAGUCCAGACUGGCAUGAUAGGGUCAAUGGGUUCAGUGGGUGUCCAUGACAAGGCGCAGGCCAUUGCGACGAUUAUCAUUGUUGCUGCAACAGUGACACCACCGCAGUUUCUCGCAUUCGGCAUGAUGUCCCUCGGGCUUGAAUCACAGGCUGAUAUUGGGCUCAGCCAAGGACUGUUGUGCACCUUCCGGCUGAUCGGUGGCGCCAUUGCCACAGCCAUUUACACGGCUAUCCAAACAAACACUUACAGUGGCAUCGUCGGCAAUAAUGUGCGCUCGGCUGCCAGCCAGUCCGGGUAUCAGGGCUCUAUAUCUACCCUUCUUGCGGCCGCAGAGACCAAUACAGAUGCUGCAUAUCAGCAAAUACCUGGGAUCACCGAACAGGCCAUUCGCGCCGUGCAGGAGGCUGUUAAAGACGCAAAUGCAGUGUCUUAUCAGCGGGUCUACGAGAUUGCAGUUGUCUUCGGUGGCCUGGCCAUUCUUACAGCCCUAACCACGCGAGACAUCGACAAGAAAAGGAAGACGAACGAAACUGCCGUUCAGCUGGAGAACCAAACUGAGCCCGUGAAGGCUGCUGUUUAA